AUGGUCAACCUCAUGAAGCAGUCAGGCGCACUUAUAUUUGCAUACGACGAGCUCGCAGGUCGACCAUCGCAUACAUCGCGUCUCCAGGAGACUGGGGCAUCCUUUGAGAAGGACAAGGGAGUUAGCGUGGCCACCAUCGAGGCCGGCAAAAAGAUCGCAGGCAUGGAGAUCGAGAAACUUCUUGCGGACAGGUUCCAAGAAGUCAGGGAUCUGCAUAGCCUGACAGGCGAGGAGGAACAAAAGGGAAGAUUACUUCUGUCACAUGGAACGGACAAGCAAGAGGCGGCUUUGAAGCAGACACUGGGAUGGGGAAAUGUUGCCAGGGACACGGAAAUGGCGAUCGAGAGACUCUGUUUUGCGGGACAAGUACAGGCGAGUGAGCGCUGA